CCCCCCACACCCCACCCUCAUCCUCACCCCCUUCUCCGUCGCUUGCCCUCCAUGUCGGACUUGGAUAUCCAUGCUCUGACCAAGACUCCCUACGCAGACCCUCUUACGGGCGUGGCCAUUCUGGAGAAGGACUCUAACUAUGAUGUGCUGUGGACGUGGAUGUACCCCGGCCUCCCGGACAAGUUCAAGACUGUCCUCCGCUCUCGCUCGCAGCUGACCGAGCGCACGCCACCGAAGUUUGAGCUCUCUUCGCUUGACUCGGUCUACUGCUACUCGACGACCCGGUCGGGCGACGAGAUCACGGUCGCCGCCCCUGCCCGCGAGGCUGUCGCCGCCCGCACCGCCGCCCGCGAGGCCGGCGACGACGAAUUUGAGCUCGACGACGAGCUGCAGGCUGUUCUCGACGACGAAAACAGGGUCUCCGCCCUCGACAAGGUUACUGGCUUUAGCGUCGUCAUCCUCGCCACCGAGUUCUUCCCAGAAAAGUACGAGGCGCUUGGCGCCGUUCUGGCCAACGUCUACGCCGCUACUGGCCUCACCUCGAACGUGCUCCAGGCCUACUUUAAGGCGCUGCUCAAGGCCAAGGUCGACGCCGGUCCGCUCGGCGCCUACAUUGCCGCCGACAUCGACAUCCGCAACUCUUGGCUCUCCGCCUCGAUCAAGGACGUUAUCAUCACAUUUGGUGCCGACGUCGUCCUUGUCUGGGGCGCCAUGCUCCUCAACAAGCGCAUCCUGGUAUACUCGGACACCCGCGACGCCCUCGAGCCCGUCCUCCGUGCUCUUCCGCUCUUUGUCUGGCACAAGAAGGACUGGUCGCUCCUCAUCCCCUACUCCCAGUCCUCGGACGUCGAGCUCGCCGAGCUCGCCUCCAAGCCGACCUACGCCGCCGGCAUCACCUCGCCAGCCCUCCUCUCCUCCGACCACCUCUACGAUGUUGUUCUUAACGUCUCGGACCGCUCAGUCUCGGUCGCUCCGCACGCCUCGGCCGACCUCGCCAUCGGCUCGUUUGUCAAGGACCUUGCCACCUACCUCGUCGACGCCGGCAACGAUCCGGACAUGACCGACGGUGACAUCAUCAAGGGCCUUGCCGUCAAGACCGGCGAGCUCAUCAAGAAGGUCCGCUCCCUCGCCGUCGACCGCGACAGUAGCUCUCCCGCUAUCACCCGCGACUCCCUCGCCGACGCCGGCAUCCAAGGUGCCCUCGCCAACUUUCUCUACAACGUCGCUGCCGCCGAAGGCAUCGCGCAGUAGCGCCCCCCCCCCCUCCCCCCCCCCUCCCCACCACACACACACCACACCCCUC